AUGAAGUACAGCAUUCUCUCGGUGCUGCCGGCGCUUGCCGCUGCCUCUCCCACCUUCUCCACUGAGACCAUCCACAAAGACGCAGCCCCCGUGCUGUCGUCAACACACGCAAAGGAGGUGCCCAACUCGUACAUGGUUGUCUUCAAGAAGCAUGUCAAAGACACGCAUGCCAAGGAGCACCAUGAAUGGGUGCAGAGCGUUCACUCCAAGAGCCAGGAGCGCAUGGAGCUCAAGAAGCGCUCAGACUUCCCCAUGUCGUCUGCCAUCUUUGAUGGUCUCAAGCACACAUACAACAUGGCCGGCAUGAUGGGCUACUCUGGCCACUUCGAUGACGAGACCAUCGAGGCCAUCCGGAGACACCCUGAUGUAAGUGAUGACUCUUUUGGUUCUCUCUUCGUUCGCUAUUUCUACAUCAUGUAUUCUCGAGCGUCAUCGCAGCGUUCUUUGCGGAAGACGCGUUCUGCCGGCUUUGUGGCGAGUCCUGGCUGUGGUGGCUGUUGCCUAGAGCUCCGACUCAAGCCUCAAAGCGACAGAAUCCGUGCACCUGCAAACGAGCAUUUUGCCAUCCCCAUUCUACACACUAUGUCGCGCUCGAUACAGCUCUCCAGCAAGCUCCCCAUGUCGCCACUCGCGGUCGGCCUGGUCGACUACAUCGAGCGCGACUCCGAGGUCCACACUCUCGGUGACGACUACGAGACCGAGAAGAACGCGCCGUGGGGUCUUGCCCGUAUUUCCCACCGCGACUCCCUGACCUUUGGCUCAUGGAACAAAUACCUCUACGCCGCCGACGGUGGUGAGGGUGUCGAUGUGUACGUCAUCGACACCGGCACAAACACCAAGCACGUCGACUUUGAGGGCCGUGCCAAGUGGGGAAAGACCAUUCCCAGUGGCGAUGCCGAUGAGGAUGGCAAUGGCCACGGCACCCACUGCUCCGGCACGGUUGCCGGUAAGAAGUACGGUGUGGCCAAGAAGGCCAACGUCUACGCCGUCAAGGUGCUCCGUUCCAACGGCUCUGGCACCAUGUCCGAUGUCGUCAAGGGUGUCGAAUGGGCUGCCAAGUCUCACAUUGAUACCGUCAAGGCUGCCAAGGAUGGCAAGAAGAAGGGCUUCAAGGGUAGCGCAGCCAACAUGAGCUUGGGAGGUGGCAAGUCUACCACUCUCGACCUUGCUGUCAAUGCUGCUGUCGAUGCUGGUAUCCACUUCGCCGUCGCUGCCGGUAAUGACAAUGCCGACUCCUGCAACUACUCUCCUGCUGCUGCUGAGAACGCUGUCACCGUCGGUGCCUCCACCCUCCUUGAUGAGCGUGCCUACUUCUCCAACUAUGGAAAGUGCAAUGACAUCUUUGCCCCCGGUCUCAACAUCCUCUCGACCUGGAUCGGCUCUGAGCACGCCACCAACACCAUUUCCGGUACCUCCAUGGCCUCCCCUCACAUUGCUGGUCUCCUUGCCUACAUGCUGUCUCUCCAGCCCGCCAAGGACUCUGCCUACGCUGUCGCCGACAUCACUCCUAAGAAGCUCAAGGCCAACCUCAUCUCUGUUGCCACUGUCGGUGCCCUCUCUGACGUCCCAAGCAACACCAAGAACAUCCUUGCCUGGAACGGUGGAGGUUCAUCCAACUACACUGAGAUUGUCGAGAAGGGUGGCUACACCGUCAAGAAGGCUAUCAAGGAGGAGAAGGAGUCUGACUUCCACAUUGCCAUUCCUUCUCUUGCCGACAUCGAGGCCGACUUUGAGAAGGCCAAGGAGUCUGCUGGCCGCCAGGCGCACCACGCUAGUGGAAAGCUCCAGAAGCUCGAGGCAGAGAUUGAGGACUUCAUCGCUGGGGAGAUGGAGGCCAUGUUCGAGAAGGUCAAGGAGCGUGUUGCCAGCCAGUAA